UUUUUAAAUCAUUUUAUUUACCCUAGGGUUUACAGUUUGCUUCUAAUUUAAGGACUAAAAUAGACUAAAAUGUAUGACACAGAAUAUUUCUCAUAUUUUUGUAUAGUUCUGAUUCGUAAAUGACAUGUAUGUUAAAAAUGUUAGGAUAAAUGAAUAUUCAGUUGCAUAUUUGGCUAUUUAUUAUAAAUUGAGCUGUACAUUACAGUGCGUAGUUUUCAACUGUUCUGAUGGCCUAGACUUCAAGGCUAUGAGCAAGUUCUUCAAGGGUCUAGCUCAAUGCGGGGCCUGGUCCUGUUUUGAUGAAUUCAACCGCAUCGACAUUGAGGUUCUCAGCGUCGUAGCACAGCAGAUUCUCACCAUACAACAAGCUAAACACUCACAGGUUAAGAGGUUUAUGUUUGAGGGGACAGAACUGGCCUUAGAUGCCACAUGUACGGUGUAUAUCACCAUGAACCCUGGUUACGCAGGCAGACAGGAAUUACCUGAUAAUUUGAAGGUAUAUCCCCUGGUUAUCCUUCCCUAAGAAUCUCCCUCACCUUUGGGAUAUGGAAUUUACUUAAUGGCUGAUACUUAAACUAGUUAUUGCAUGUUUAUAGGCCAAUGUGUAUUAUUCUUUGGUUAUUCAGGGCAACAUACAAAACCCGAUUUAAUCAGAGAAUUGUAUUUCUUGGCCUUGCUAUGGUCCCUUGCAUUGCAUGGGUGAAGGACCCCCGAUAUA